CGUGCGCGCGGUGACGUGCCGGCGCCAUGUUGGAGGGCUGGCGGUAGCGGCUCGGGAGGUGCUCAUUCUCUCGGUCUCGCUCUCUCGCUCGCUUCCCCGGCUCCCUUCGGUCCCCCCACCCCCUGGUCGCCUGCGUGCGGGAGUGUGUGCGAGGCAGGGGGAGGGCGUCGGGGGGUGGGGGUAGGCCUUCCGGUCCCCGGAGACCCGCGGAGGGAGGCGGAGGCUGCGAGGGACUCCGGAAAGCCAUGGACGUCGAGAGGCUGCAGGAGGCGCUGAAAGAUUUUGAGAAGAGAGGGAAAAAGGAAGUUUGUCCGGUCCUGGAUCAGUUUCUUUCUCACGUGGCCAAGACUGGAGAAACAAUGAUUCAGUGGUCCCAAUUUAAAGGCUAUUUUACUUUCAAACUGGAGAAAGUGAUGGAUGAUUUCAGAACUUCAGCUCCUGAACCAAGAGGUCCACCCAACCCUAAUGUCGAAUAUAUUCCCUUUGAUGAAAUGAAGGAAAGAAUACUGAAAAUUGUCACUGGAUUUAAUGGUAUCCCUUUCACUAUUCAGCGGCUAUGUGAAUUGCUAACAGAUCCAAGGAGAAAUUAUACAGGAACAGACAAAUUUCUCAGAGGAGUAGAGAAGAAUGUGAUGGUGGUUAGCUGUGUAUAUCCUUCUUCAGAGAAAAACAAUUCUAAUAGUUUAAAUCGAAUGAAUGGUGUUAUGUUUCCUGGAAAUUCACCAACUUAUACUGAAAGGGCUAAUAUCAAUGGGCCAGGAACACCUAGGCCACUUAAUCGACCAAAGGUUUCUAUGUCAGUCCCCAUGACAACCAAUGGCUUGCCUGAGAGCACAGAUGACAAAGAGUCAAACUUACAGCAAACUGAGGACAAAAGUCACAGUCAUUCUCCGACACCUGGAUCAGAAAGCUCCUCAGUGAGCCCGAUGAAAAAUAAACAUCCAGGUGAAGAUGCUGUGGACGCUGAGGGGCAUGAGGUAAAAAGACUUCGGUUUGACAGAGAAAGUGAAGUCAGGGAGACAGCCAGUCAGACAUCUUCCAGUGAAAUUUCUUCCGUUCUGGUAGAAGAAACAGAUGCAUCAUCUUCAUCUCAGGAUAAAGACAAAGAAAGUGGUUGUUCCAGGCAACACUGUACAGAAGAGGAGGAAGAGGAGGAGGAAGAGGAGGAAGAAGAAGAGUCUUUUAUGACAUCAAGAGAAAUGAUCCCUGAAAGAAAAAAUCAAGAAAAAGAAUCUGAUGCCUUAACUGUGAAUGAAGAGACUUCUGAGGAAAAUAAUCAGAUGGAGGAAUCUGGUCUGACUCAAGCCGGGAAAGAUUUCCAUUCUGAAGGUAGUGAGAACAAAGGCCCUGGCAGUGGUGGCUCUGAUUGCCAUGAAACAGAGGAAUUGGCAGAACCCAGCUCUAGUGAGACUGGAGAGGUUCUCUCAGAAUCAUCCAUGGAAAACGAUGAUGCAGCCACAGAGGUCACAGAGGAACCAAUGGAACAAGACUAAUUAGAGACAGUAUUUUACAUACAGUUCUGGUUUUACACUGUAUAAAACUUUUAUGUAAUAAAGUGGACCUUUAGUUUUACAAGAGAAGCAGGUUGUAAUAUAAAGUAUUUUGUGGGAUAAAUCCUGAAAGAGUUGUACAUGUAAGAACUAUGAAUAUUGGUUCCAUAGGUCCUGCUUACCGCUGACUGUUUUGGUUUGGUCAAAUCAGUGGUUUGUGUGUAUAGAUUUUUUUUUUUUAGAAUUAAAGUUUUUUAACUGGAAAGUAAUUAUAAUUUUGAAAACCUUUUGGAGAUUAUUUAGUUUAUACAUACACAAAAAAGCUUUUUGUCUUGUC